UGCACUUGAACGUACCACGUCUACUUGCAAGAUGUCUUACUAGCGCGUUAGAAAAUACCGCUGUACGAUUACUAACAGAAAAAGUGAAAGAUAUUGUCUCUGAAGCAGCAAUGAGACGUACAAACACCGAAUUUUUUCCUUGGCGGUUGGACAGAAUCAGCGGCGCCUCAUAGUCACGCGGACGUCCAUAUUCCCAACUCCUCAGGCACUCCUCAGGAAGCAUGGCCGCUGCUGAGGAUGCCGGCGCCCACUGCGGCGCAGCCAGCUCCGUGCACCGCUUCGCUGUGGCAGCGUACAGCGCCGACCCGGGCGCCCACUGUGGCGCGGCAAGCUCGGCGCACCGCUGGGCGCCCUCGCCGGACAGCAGCAGCCAGGACUCGGGACCCCACUGCGGAGCCGCCGACUCCGCCCACCGCUGGGAGGCGAGGGACGAGGAGGACGCUGCGGUGACAGACCCCGGCGCCCACUGCGGCGCGGCGAAUUCGUCUUACCGGUGGGAAGCGUGGGAGGAGGAGGACGACGACAACGCGGCCUUGGAGCCGGGGGCCCACUGUGGCACGGCGAACUCGUCUCACCGCUGGGAGAUAGCAGCGGACGUCGCUGACCCGGGGGCUCACUGCGGCGCCGCCCACUCAGCGCUCCGCUGGCAGGGGGCAGAAGACGCGACCAAGGAAGCGGACGCCCACUGCGGCGCGGCCCAGUCAGCACACCGCUGGGCGGAGGCGGAGGGCGGCGCGUCGCCGGCCUCCCCGCAGGGAGAGACGGAGCAGCCCGGCCAAGCGGAGAAGACCGCGGAGUCCGCAUCGCGUGCGUCAUCCGCGUCCUCCGCCUCCGACAUCAGCGACCUGGGCUGGGAACAGAGCCCGUCGUCCGGGCUGCUGCCGCCCUCGGAUGUCGCCGCCGAGCGCUGCCUGAAGAAGCGUGCCGAGGCGGGGGACCGUCGCGCGGUCUUCUACCUGGGCCAGCUGUACUUCGACACGGGGAACUUCGAACGCGCCAAGGAACACUUCCUUCCGAUCGCGGCCCAGAACAUUUACGCGCAGUACCAGCUGGGCGUCAUGCUUUUCGAAGGCUUGGGCUUCGAGCAGGAUUUGAAAAAGGGCUUCAGGCUCAUGCUUACGGUGGCUCACAGCGUUCCGAAAACUCCCGAGCACGAGGAGACGAUCCACAAGGCGCAGUACAACGUCGCCAGGGCCUACUUCAUGGGGUUCGGCGCGCCGAGCAGCGAGGACGACGGACGAAGAUGGCUGGACCGAGCCGCCGCCGACGGCACCCGCCGGGGCAGCGUCAAGGCGCAGACCAUGCUGGCCAUGCUGUUCGCCCGGAGGGACACCCUGGACUUGGAGAAGUCCUUCCACUGGCACUCGGAGGCCACCGGCAACGGCAGUCUGGAGUCACAAGGUGCGCUGGGCGUGAUGUACCUGUACGGUCUGGGGGUGCGGCGGGACCUGGUCGCAGCCCGCCUCUGCUUGACGCAGGCGGCGCGGCGCGGCAACAUCUACGCGACCGGCCAGCUGGCGCUCUUCUACUACCGCUUCCGCUUCUACCAGCACGCCGUGCGCUUCGGCACGCACCUGGCGCGCUUCGAGGCGGCGGACGUGGCGGAGCUGGCGCGCCAGUCUGAGUGUCUGCCCGGCUACCGACUCUUCGUGAACGGGCCCUGGAGCUGCGCCAGCUAUCCCGACUUGGGCGUCGAGGUCUAG